ACGAGCCAGCACGCGGUUCUCUCUCUCUCUGUCUCUCUGAUCUUAACGGAGGAAUUACCGGCGAUCAGAGAGGAGCUGCUUGAGUCGGGGCCGAAAAUGAGAGUCUGCUUCGUUCUUCCUCUGGCGUGCGCUUUAGUCCUGAAAAGCUCCCUGGGGAGUGCUGAGGGUUUGAUCCUGGAUCGAUGCAGACCCGGAUUCUCCCAGAACUUCUACACCGUCUUUAUCCCACAGGAGCAGCUGCAGGGCCAGAGCAUUGUGAAAGGUACCUUGCUGUCCUCUGCUCGAGUCAAGUUCGACGCUUGUCAUCUGAAUGAGAGGAUCAGCUUUGAGAGCAGCGACCCCAAAUUCGGCGUACGUCCAGAUGGAUCUCUGUACGCAGAGCAGGAUGUGACGAACCUGUCCGAACCUAUACAGUUCAUGGUGACGGCUCAGGGGAGCAAAGACGCCCAGAUUUGGGAGACGACUGUCAAACUGGCCAUCGCCGGACACCCAGUUCCGGCCCUCCUAAACCAGCUUGGUGAUGAAACUGGGCACCACUUACGAUCCCACCACAGUCAUUACUCCAAUCCCAGAGUCAUCAUGUUCCCACGUCGACACCAGCGAGGCUCCUCCACCAACGGGCUGCGCCGUCAGAAAAGAGACUGGGUCAUUCCUCCUAUUAAUGUUCCUGAGAACUCUAGAGGACCUUUUCCACAAAUGCUCGUCAGGAUCCGAUCGGACCAGGAUAAAGAGAUUGAAAUCCGGUACAGCAUAACGGGAGCUGGCGCUGAUCAGCCACCCAGUGACGUCUACAUCAUCGAUCCCAUCAGUGGAAAAAUGUCCGUCACCAAACCGCUGGACAGAGAAGACCGAGCUUCCUACCAUCUGAGAGCUCACGCGGUGGACGUCAACGGGAACCAGAUGGAACCUCCGAUCGAUCUGUACAUUUACGUGAUCGACAUGAACGACAACAGACCCGAGUUCCAGAACCAGGUCUAUAACGGAUCUGUUCCCGAAGUCUCCAAACCAGGCACGUCGGUGAUGCGCGUGACCGCGAUCGACGCUGACGACAGCACGAUGCCCAACGGUCUAGUGCACUACAGGAUCCUGAACCAGAGUCCCCACAUCCCCAUUCCCAACAUGUUUACCAUCAACGGGGCUACGGGCGAGAUCAGCACCAUCGCCGCAGGCCUGGACAGAGAGAAAGUGUCUCAGUACACGCUGAUCGUGCAGGCCACAGACAUGGAGGGAAGCCUGAACUUUGGCCUCUCCAACACCGCCACCGCUCUCAUCACCGUCACCGACAUCAACGACAACCCUCCAGAGCUGGACGCCAAAACGUUCCUGGGCGAGGUGCCGGAGAAUGCAGUGGGCGUAGUCGUAGCCAAUCUGACCGUACGAGACCGAGACCAGCCUCACACGCCUAACUGGAACGCAGUGUACAGGAUAGUGGGCGGAGACUCCAUGGGCCAUUUCACCAUCCGCACAGAUGAAGUCUCCAAUGACGGCAGAGUCACAGUGGUCAAGCCAGUGGACUAUGAAAGGAACGGUGCCUUCAUGUUGACAGUGGUGGUGUCUAAUCAGGCCCAUCUGGCGAGUGGCAUCCCGUCGUCUCUCUCAUCCACAGCGGGCGUCACCAUCAGCGUGCUGGAUGUGAACGAGGCCCCCGUUUUCCCCUCUAACCCCAAAAUAAUCCGCUUCGAGGAGGGAGUUCCGGCUGAUACCACCCUCACCAUAUUCGCCGCUCAGGAUCCGGACCGCUUCAUUCAACAGACUGUCAGGUACUCUAAGCUGUCUGAUCCUGGAAACUGGCUCCGAAUCAACAGGACAAACGGGCAGAUCACGACGACGGCAAUUUUGGACCGGGAAUCGCCUCACGUGAAAAACAACGUGUACGAAGCGAGUUUCCUGGCUGUAGAUAACGGGUCUCCUCCUGCGACAGGAACAGGCACUCUGCAGAUCUACCUGAUAGAUGUAAAUGAUAAUGUACCAGUGCUGGUGCCCAGAGAGGCCCAGCUGUGUGAGAGGUCGCGACCUAGCUCCAGGAUUAACAUCACGGCCUCGGAUGCUGAUUCUGAGCCUAAUGCCGGGCCGUAUGUCUUCGAGCUGCCCUCAUUCCCUCCAUCCGUUCGCCGCAACUGGACCAUCUCACGGCUGAAUGGUGAAUUCGCUCAGCUCAGGCUGAGGAUCCCAUACCUAGAGGCAGGUGUGUACCGUGUGCCCAUCCUGGUCUCCGACUCGGGCAACCCACCCCUAACAAACCGCUCCAUCAUCAGGGUGAAGGUGUGUCCCUGUGACGAGCACGGAGAUUGCACGUCGCUCGGAGCGGUAGCGUCUGCGAGCCUGGGCACGGGCGCCAUCAUCGCCAUCCUCAUCUGCAUCAUAAUCUUGCUCAGCAUGGUGCUGUUUUUUGUGGUGUGGAUGAAGCGCAGAGAGAAGGAGAGGCAAACCAAACCUCUUCUCAUUGACCCAGAGGAUGACGUUCGAGACAACAUACUGAAAUACGAUGAGGAGGGAGGAGGAGAGGAGGAUCAGGACUACGACCUGAGCCAGCUGCAGCAGCCCGAGACUCUGGAGCACAUCAUGAGCAAGCCAGGGGGGGUGAGGAGAGUGGACGAGAGGCCAGUCAUCCCGGAGUCCCAGUACCCCAUACGUCCCAGCAUGCCUCAUCCCGAAGACAUCGGCGAAUUUAUCACUGAUGGGCUGCGAGCGGCGGAUAACGACCCGACGGCUCCUCCGUACGACUCCUUGCUCGUGUUCGAUUACGAAGGAAGCGGUUCGACGGCCGGCUCGGUCAGCUCGCUCGACUCGUCCAGUUCAGACGAGCAAGACUACGACUACCUCAACGACUGGGGGCCGCGCUUUAAAAAACUGGCCGACCUCUACGGCGGUGGGGACGACUGAGCGUGAAGCUCCGAGGACGAGAGAGGGGGCGAGGGGAGGAGCCCGCAGGAGCAAGUCAGCAUCUCGGUUCGUUUCACCGAAGAGCCAUAGACGCCUGAGCAUUCCUGCACAAGACACUAUGUAAUGUGGAGGGAGUUUUUUUUUUUUUUUUUUUUACAAAAAAAGGGAAAAAAGACGAAAAAAAAACUGGACUGCUGCUUUCUGCGAGUGUGUUUGUAGUUGUGGUUUUGGUUAUUUUUUCCUCUCUCUCUCACACAGCGCUGGCAAGUAUAUCGUCAUAAAUUUAGUUUUGGUUGUCUGGAGAGUUGCGUCAGCCCUGGUACGAGAGACUAAGUACUUCAUGAGCUCUGAAACAGAAAACAAGGUCUGCGCUCUUUAUCCGUCUGUGUCGUUUCGGCUCUUAAGAGAGCAGGACGAAUUUAUUCUCUCUCUCUUUCUCUCUCGACUUGAAUUUCAUUUGAUAAGCACUGUCAUUGCUCAAGUGCCUUUUUGUGGUGUUUUUUGUACCAGAGACUCCUCAGGGUCAGCUGCUGUUUUAAGCCCAUUUUCAUCGCAGUGGUACACUCCCUCGCUCCCCUGGUCCCUCUCCGUCAUGUUUACUCAAUCGUCUGUUAAUGGUGCAGGAAGGGAAAAAAAAAAAUUUGACUAUAGAGAUGAAAAACAGUUGUGUGUUAGCAGAUGUGCUGAAGAACGACUGCAAAAAAUGGGGCGCAGCUAAUAUUUCGGGAGCUGACAAAGGCCUGACCCUGUUUAGAAGUUUCAGUUUGUGUUCGUAAUUAUUACCAGACCAGGCGACAGACACUAAAGGUGAGAAAGUGUGACGCCUUUUGUGGAAUUUUAUUUUUCAAAGAACCAAAAAAACAACAAAAAGAGAAAAAUAUAUGUAGAAUGCAUUUUUGCGCGGACACUUGCCUGCCUUGUUUUUGUGCUGCUUUCUAAUUUGUCUCAGUCCGAGCAGGCAAGCGGUCAGACUGAGACUGCCAGCCGGAGCGGUGUCUGCGCUUAAGGGACUGCACCGCCGGAAGAGCUCUGUAUUCGUCUCGAACAUUCCCCUUUGUCAAGGUUUAUCGGUCGAUCGGAAUUGUACAUGCAUGAUUUCUCUCAAGAGCGGCGUCUCUAAUCAGCCGCAAUUUGUGACACUCUUUGUGGUCAGAAUGUGAAAAGUAGUUGGCGAAGAACAUACAAUAUCCAGAACAAGUAUAACCUGUAUAGUUUCAAAAAAUAAAGAAAUAAAUAACAAAAAAAAAAAAAAAGACAUGACUUGAAGAAAUGCUGUAAAUACAUAUUUUUUUGGAGGUAUUACCCAAACAUUUGCUGCUCUCGAGGUCUUUGCGGGGCUAAAUGAGAUUUUUUUUCCCCCAGUAGUGGUGUGUGUGUGUAUGUGCGUGCAUCUGUGCGCACGGUUGCCAUUUUGCUUUUAGCGCUCUACAUUCUCUUUUGCAGUGUUUUACAUAUGUUCCUUAUUAGUUUCAAUUUUAGUUCUUUUAUUCGUUCAAUAUGAGCAGUGUUUACACUCACGCCUGCUUUAUUGUGUGUUUGAGUUGCUUGCUCAUUCACCACAACCAUU